GAUAACGCAUUGAUAAAAGUAAAAGAAAAGAAAACAGUCGGCUUGCCUAAAUGCAAUGAUAUGAAUCAAGUGUGUAGUGGAGUAAUAGGGAAAAUAAAACAGUUGACGUUUCGUUUAGUGCUUUCUGCAAGUGUGACAAUCUGUCAAAAGUUUCGUUUUUCGAAAAUACAGAGCAGCAGUGUUUCCUUUUUGUGAUAUAAUAAGUGGAAAUAUGUAGAGUGAAAUUUUUCUUUAGUGGGUGCUACAAUUUUUUGGUGCUAUUUUGUGGAGUUACCUUGCGUUUAAAAGGACAGCGAGCUGGUAAAAAAAUGUUCAACUUUAUAAAGAAAGCAGCUGUCCCUGGUGUGGCUGAUAAAGAUGAUAAGGAAAAGAGGAAGAGGGAUAAGAAGGACAGGAAGGAGAAACAGAAGAGGGAACGAGCCAGCAUGUCCAGGGAGGAACUGCUUCGACUGGAUGAGGUGCGUCGGUCUCUGAAGAUCCGCGGCCGUCGGAAAGACAAAGAAAAACUCCCAUCCGGUAUAACCGCCGACUAUACAGCUGACUUCCUGGCCAGCCUGGAACAACAGCAACGUUCCGAUUCGCCGCAUUCUUGUAUAGAUGGCGCUCCACCCUCGGAAGGAGGAACACAACAGAGUGACAGUUCGGAAACGAGCCUGAAUUCAUUGACAGGAGGCGUGCAGCAGGGGCAACGAGGGGCGGGGCUGCCCCCGGUACCGCCCAGACCACCGAAAAGAGGGAUCCUCAAGGCGCCUAGAGUUAGUGUGACAGCUGACAACCUCCAAGCUGUCGCCUCUCACACCAACGGUUUCUCAGACCACCACCCGCAUGCCCCAUUGGCUGCCUCAGAUGAUGACACCCGCGCCAGCCUCAUCCGCAACACCCUACAAAACGAACUGAUCGGUUACCAAAAUUUGCAACAGCACUAUCACCAAAACGGCGUGAACGGCAAACCCCCCGCCACUAGUCUGUCAAAUCAGCUGUUGGUGAUUACGUCAACGUCAGCGAGCGCUGACAGUUUGACGGAUACGACCAAUUCGAGUUUUGCUACGCCACCAUUUUCGUUGAGUCCCGUGGGAGAAUCGCAAGGAUUUCAUAGAUGGUCCCGCACGUCGAACCUAGACGACCUCACGCUCCCGUUACCGCUAAUAACCGCCGCGCCGCCACCUCCGAUUCGCGAACUGCGCGUGCGCCGUCAACCGCCUCCGCGUUCCGAUUUCGGUUUCUCGCUUCGCCGCGCGAUGGCGCUCGAGCGCGCGGCCGCGGACGGCGCGGUGCGUGCGCGCGCAGUAAUUUUCGCCGAGCCGGGCGCGCACGCGCAACAUCGCAACGACACCGGGUUGUUGCCGGGCGAUCGGUUGCUGGAAGUGAACGGAACGCCCGUGGGCGAUAGGCAGAGGGAGGAGGUUAUUGAGAUGAUUCGGGCGUCGGGGGACUACGUUGUGCUCAAGGUAAGGAAUUGUUUUAUUCUAUUUUAUGUUUGCGGGGCGGUAAUAUGGAAUCUCUAG